AAUCAGACGUUGUCAGUUGCAAUGCAGCCCUGCAGCUUCCAAAUUCCCCAAAUUUUUUUUUUUUUUACUAUUGCCUGAAAUUCGGCAGCUGUGAUUGCAUGACCCUCACUUAGUCAGUCUUCGCUUUGAAGAUCAACAUCCCCACACGUCAUAGUGACACCAAUCGCAAAAGUUCCUUUCAUCGCACGGUGCAUAUAAAAUCAACAAACAAAAAGGCGAGAUCAGCAACGAUCAACUCCUACCAAAUUCUCUAUUCCGCGCCAAUCUAUCUUUGAAAUUAGCCACCGGCCGUGGUGAAUCAAUCCGUGCCACACAAUCCUCUUCUAUCGCGACCUUCUACACACUCAAACACAAUGACUGACUCCCUCUUGAAAAGGGAGCCCGCUGCCUCAGCGAACAGAGUGCCUACCCUCCACUCAGUCCACAAUGUCAAACGCUCGGUAUCCUACUCGCCAGCACAUGACGGAAACCACCCUGUGUCGAAGACGGAAGCAACCCGCGGGUGCGAUGAUAUGGUGAAAUCCGCCUUGACGGAAUUGCUGAACGACGAUGGCGUGAAACACAAUGCACGGGGAAGUCGAUCUGUUCAGAACAUGCUCAUGGCGACGGAGAAGAAACGCAAAUCGCAGCGACGACAGUCCCUCGUUGAACACAAGCACAAGUGAGGGAUGCGCGGUCUGACGACUCAAAUGCUUCAAAGGCGGCAGGCAGAACAGCGAUAUGACAAAUCAAUCUUGGGAUCGUAUCGCUGGCUGCUAUCGCGGUUUUCCCUUGCAACAUCGCACGUC